UACGAAAAUUAUGUAGAUGAAAGUGAUUAUGAAAUCAAUGUUGAUUACGAACCUUAUAUUUUCUGUUAUAUAUAUUCAUAUUAUACUAGUAGAAAAUAUCCGGAACGAUAUAAUAAAAAGAUUUUAGAAAUUUUUGAUUAUUUUUUAAUUGAAUUACCUGAUAGAAGAUGGGAGGGAAGAACAAUCUCAAGGCGCAGCGUUCAACCCUUUGUGGAUGGACCAAUUAUGCAUUCACGUAACAUUUUAAAAGCACUCUGGCAAAAAUAUUUCACUAAUGCAUCACACUUGGGUACAGAAAAAAGUACUGUUAGUUGUAAAAUAAAUUUAAUACUUGGCAACGAUGAUACUGCAUAUUGA